AGCACCGUACGCACACGAGGGUCGUCUGUGGCCCGGUUGAUCUCGGCCGUGGCCUCACGUAGCCUGAUAAGCGUGUUCUCGAUCUCCAUGUGCGAAUAGGGACAGUCCACCACCGGCGUAUGCUUGAGCAGCUCGGAGAAGAGCAAAGGGUACUUGCAUACCCGUUGAAUCGGCUGCCAACAUUAGCUUCAAUGCCCUGGAACGUCACACGCAGCACCUGGCAGCCUUACUUUGACAAGAAGGUCACCGAUGGUCAGACUCUUCUUGGAAUGAUCGCCUUGGCCGUCGAUCGAGCCCACGGAUGCAGCGAGAACUUCCAAUCCCUUUUGAUACGACUGCCACCCUGGCAUUGUCCGAUGGGCAGAUGCGACAUCUUUAAUCAUGAGUUCAUACUUUGCCCCGUACUCUUCAUAAAUAAAGAAUCGAUUCAUCUGCAAGUUUUCUCUGGUUAGCACGCACGCUUCCUCGGAAAACAAGACUUGGGGCUUGCCGCUUGCCUUGUUCUUGAAGAUCUUUGCAACUUCUGCCACCGUUUGGGGCUCUGCGAGCAACCCAGGCACAUCUCGCAGCCAUGCUACCCCGUCUUUGUCCUCCGGGACAGCAUCAAGGCUCCUCCAACGCUGGUGUCCACGGGCAGCUUGGUUAGCUUGGGGGGCUUGAAGCGGCACAUCGAGCUGAGAAUAUUCAGAGUGAGGGACCGCUCGAUGGAGUUCUCCUAGCAUUUCCUCGUGCAGCUCCACAAUGUCGGUCAAGUUCUGGUUGAUGGAGGAACGUAUGGCGACGGGUAGUGUCGGUAAAGAAGCUAGUAUCGUGACAUAUACCUGCACAGAUAUUAGACAUGCAAAGGUCCACCAAGAUACACAAAUAUACCAACAUUCAUCAGGAACCUCACGUCCCCAAUAUAGCUCUCUUCGGUGUUGAUCAACUCCUCCAAUAUUCGACGUCGUUGUAGCGACCUUUCGAUGACGGCGGGAUCCAGCGCCACCUGUCGUUCCUGACAGAAACUGUCUUCAGAAAGCCGUGCUCCCGAGACGGAAGCUCUGCUGCUGCGGUCCGUCCUCGAGUGGCCACGAGAUGAUCGUAUCGUGUUUUUCCGUGAGCGCGUCAAGACACUGACGCUUGUCAGGGAGAUACUGGCGCUUUUGACCGCCGACACAAAGUUGAAUGACGAAUCUGACGAGUGCCGAUAGUGCCCCGAAUCCCAAGUCAUCGAACUUCUCCCUUCCAUAUCGAGACAGCAUGGUGUAUUAUUGCCAUCGCCCCCAAACAGUUCCUGACGACGCAACGCUCGUUUAUGCAACGUCUUUAUCCAUUUCUGAAACGGCUUGAUCGGUUCGGACGCCGGCGGCUGGUGUUGACAAACUCCAGCUUCAGUGGUCCCCUGGUGGAUGAAUACUUUCUUCUCUAAGUCCUGCUCUUGCACCACAGUGCCCAUGGCACCAAUGGCAUCCAUGAAAUCGAUCUUAUCCAAAGCGCACCAAUCCUUCGUUCUCUCGGCGCGCGUCUCUCCCUCGGCGUAGUCGGCCAGCCUGUCCCUGUCAGACUGUGUAAGACCAUGGAGCGUGCCAGACGGGAGUAGCGAAGAGAACGAUAUAGUAUGGAUAUCCGUGAGUGACAUUAUGCAAGGUUGAGGUCCAAGAAACAAAGAUUCAAAACUGUCUUCCAACAAGCCGGUUGGAGGGGAGGAGUCCAACACAGCGAACCAGCAGGAGGUGGCGUCUAUCGAGUCAAAUCAAAACAUGCUGCAACAGAGAGAGAGUGAAGAAGAAAGAAGAGCCCCAGCAGCGUAAAAUGAUGUGUUACUGGUGUUGGAGAGAUGACCGAGAUGUUUUGGCCGAGCAGGACGAAGAAGCAAGAAGGUGCAGAGAUUGAUCGGCCACCGACAUUGGAGGCGCCGGGCACGUACUGAGGUUCAUGUAUUUUGGCCAGGUGGAAGGAACAUGUGGUGGUCUAAUCUCCCCAAACGGAAACUUUGGCUUCCCACACCCGGAUUGGGGGGUCGGGUGUUUUGAUGUUUGAGCUUGAGGUGUUUAACCCACCCAAAAUCUAUAAGUUGACACCGAGAGGGCAGCCACGACCGUCUUCGUCAAGCCAGGGCAAGCCGAGGCGCCUCAGCAGCCUCUGGCUGGUGACGAGCACUUGCUCGAUGCAUCAAACAACGACAGGAAAAAACAUCAGAGACAGCAGCGGCGGCGAGCUGGCAGCGAGAAUCAUGCAGCACGCGGGUCUGAUUGGAGCGCCAUCCGGACUGCCACGACGGCCACCUCCCAGCCACGUCUCCUGUCCGAUUGGACCCGGAAGCGUUUGGGCAGCAUCAAUGACGACGCGAAAAGAUACUGAAGGCGUUGGCCGAUCACGCCGAUAUCUGCCAGAACAGGCCCUGUUCCACAAGGCUUUCUUCAGCCUAGGAAUAUCUUGAACCAAAAGAAUUACAUCGGGUCUCCGCGGCGACCUUUCCGACUUCGGAAUAUUCCACACGAAGAGGCGGUGAUUGUAGAAGUGAUUGACUGAGACAUCUGCUCGCGGUUGGGGGCAAUGGUGGAAAGGAAAGAGAAGACGAUCUGGAAUGCACAAUUCGGCGUCUCAAUCUCGGGACGGCGUGUGGAUCAACUGCCCGCAUAUACCACGAAACCGCAUCGAAGGUGUGAAUGUUGGUGUGAGUGGAUGUUGGAUCGAUGAGACGGGACUCACGGGAGGCGAUUGCUGCCGGGGGUACCCUGCUGUACCGCCGGAACGGGACGCGCUUCCAGGGUGGUGGUGGGGAGGAGGGCGGCGCGGGGGUUCACUUGCCCAGAAGGCGCCUUGGUUGCGGUCAAUGAUUGCUACCCCGCCAAACUUGAACAUUCCAGAGCUGCAGAGCUGUGAGAUCCGCCGAACGCGUCAUUGGUGGGAGGCUGAUUUGUGUGAUGGAAGCUUCCCUAUUCUUAUUUCCAUUCCAGCAAACCACCGGCACUUGCAUUUCAGCUAUCACCAGGUAUCACCGAACAUCAUGAGCAACCUUCAUGCGCCGACGGUUCCAUCAGGGCCUACCACUGUCCCCGUCACCAACGGCCAUGCUACACAUCUGUCCAUUCAAGAGCUCCAGCGCAAGAAGGACAACAUCGAGGCCGAACUCAGAGCACUUGGUGGCGUGCUGGACUCGCAUGGUGUCGACAUGAACACGAGUCUCCUCACCCACGAUGGUUUUCCCCGAGCCGAUAUUGAUGUGGCGCAAAUUCGAACCACAAGAGCACGCAUCAUCCAUCUUCGAAAUGACUGGAAAGACCUGAUGGCUUUGAUUGAGAAGCGCCUUCAUGAGCACUUUGCCAGUCUAGAGGACAAUGACGACGAUACAACAGUGAACGAUCCUACCAGUGUCAACGUUGCCCUUCCACAAGACUCGGUACCCGAAACACCUGAUCCAGCCUUUGCCAAGGUCAACACAGUGGUGGAGAAUAGCCCCGCUGCAACAGCAGGACUCAAGCCUGGGGACUUGAUUCGAAACUUUGGCUAUGUCAAUAGAGAGAACCACGAUGGCCUACGGAAAGUGGCUGAGUGCGUCCAAGGCAACGAAGGGCAAAAUAUUCUUGUUAAAGUUUCUCGAACAAAUGGAGGAGGAGGAAGUCACGCACAGGAAUUGAGACUGACACUGACACCGCGGCGUGACUGGGGUGGUCGGGGUUUGCUGGGCUGCCAUAUCUUGCCAUUGUGA